GCUUUUAUUAAUCAUAAUACGAUCCCACGUACGUAAUUUGAGGUGGGAUUUUUGCUCUCUGUGGUUUUUGAACAAUGGCAAAAGUUGUGGGCGUAUCAGAGAUCAAAAGCACCGCCGAGUUGGUGCAAGAUGCAAGCAGUGUCUUCUUGGAGAAGUUUGGAAGCAAGCCGAGCUUUGCAGCUUGUGGUCCGGGGAGAGUGAACCUGAUUGGAGAGCACACCGAUUACAAUGAUGGAUUUGUUUUCCCGAUGGCUUUGCCCCAGGUAACCGUCAUUGUUGGUACUAAGACAAACACUGGACUAUGUCGAAUCACAACGACUGCCGAGAACGCUGAUGAACCAAGAAGUAUUGAAUUCCAUCUUCCAUCAGCAGACAAAGCUCUCCAGCCCGGACUGCCGGCCUGGGCCAACUAUGUCAAGGGGGUGGUGCAGUUUUACAAAGGUACUCUGUCCUCGUUUGAUGCAGUUAUCGUCUCGUCUGUUCCCCUUGGGGGAGGCGUAUCAAGCUCCGCCUCUCUAGAGGUUGCUACUCAUACCUUCCUUGAGGCCCUCGACCCUAACGGACCUACGGCCGAUCUCAGAGCCAAAGCGCUGACCUGUCAGAAGGCAGAGCAUGAAUUUGCCAAGAUGCCGUGCGGCAUUAUGGACCAGUUCAUUUCGGUGAUGGGGAAGGAGGGGCAUGCCUUGCUGAUUGACUGCCGAUCCAUGGACGCUAAGUUGGUACCCCUCGCAGACCCUCAGCUCGUCGUGCUGGUCACCAACUCCAAUGUCAGACACGAGUUGACUGGGAGUGAAUACCCGACGCGACGACGACAAUGUCAAGAAGCGGCUGCUGCUUUGAGCAAGAAGAGCCUCCGAGAUGCAACGAUGGAAGAUUUAUGUGCCAGUGAGAGUAGCAUGGACAGAGAAGUUUACUGCAGAGCGAGGCAUGUCAUUGGUGAGAUAAGCCGCACCACUGAGGCUGCAGAAGCUCUACAGAAGGAAGACUAUGCCACCUUCGGUCGUCUAAUGGUUGAAAGCCACAACUCUUUACGUGAUGACUACGAAGUGAGCUGUCCUGAGCUGGACCAGCUAGUGGAGGCAGCCAUGGCAGUAGACGGUGUAUACGGAUCACGGAUGACUGGUGGUGGGUUUGGUGGAUGUACGGUCACUCUGCUAAAGAAAGACGCUGUUGGGAGAGCAGUGGAAUACAUCAAGGGUAACUACUUGGGUAAGCCAACAUUCUAUGUGACCGCUCCAUCUAAAGGUGCUCAGAUACUUUCUGUUUAAUAAAGUAAUCUCUCCGUUCCAGGUUUUUUUUGUAACAUUAAACAUAAAUUGAAGACUAAUUGUUUAUAAAGACUGUAAAACUAUUUUUUCAAAUUGAUUGUUAGUGGAAAGGAUCAACACUGAAAAUUAAUUUUAAAUUGAUGAGGAGGUCGGAGCCAGAGCCUAAGCCGAGGUUUUGAAAAAGGCACAGAUCAACCAAUAGGAGACUUUCCAACGCUAGGCGGCAGCAGACAUACCGGGUAAAUUUCCAUUGUUUACGUAGUUCUGAA